GGGAACCAGCUUUUGGGAGAUCUGGUUUGGAAGAGUUCAAAACAAUGCUAAAUAUUUUAUAUAUAAGACCCUUGCUACUUUCUUUAAGUUCUCACUCUCAUAACUAGCCUCUUUAGUCUCUUGACUUUCCCCAGCGGUGCCAUUGAUCUCUGUCUCUUUCUGGAGUCUUGCCCAAUCUCAUCUCUCUCUCUCUCUCGGUCUUGCCAACACCGUCUCCUGUCCUCCUCUCUUGAUCUGGCCGGUUGUGGCCUCGCCUUUGUUGGUCGGCUGUCGAUCAGCCCACGAUUAGCCAGAGAAGACAAACAAAGAGAGAGAACAAAAAUGGCGGAAGCUGCCAUCGUCAGCAUUGUUGGAAAGAUCAUUACUAAUCUGGUUACUCAAUCACUAGAUAAGGUUGGAAAGUUAUGGGGCGUCAAGCAUGAACUCGAGGUGCUUGGGGACACUGUCUCCACGCUUCGGGCCGUACUAGACGAUGCAGAGAAGCAAUCCCACCAAAGUGGCCAAAUCCAAGUUUGGCUUGAGAAAUUGAAAGAAGCAUUCUAUGAUGCACAAGAUGUGCUUGAAGAAUUCAAUAUAGAAGCCACACGACGAGAAUUGAGGGGCCACAACACAAUGAUCAAGGAGGUAAAGGCAUUUUUCUCAAGUUCAAACCAGCUUGCCUUUAAACUGAAGAUGAGUUACAAAAUAAGAGCAGCGAGGGAGAGAAUAGAAGCCAUUAAUGCUGGUAGGAGAUUCCACUUGGCCGAGCACCCCGUGGAUUUGCAAGUAGAGAGAGAGUGGCGGAAGAGAGAAGAGACACAGUCAUUUAUACGUGAGGGAGAUAUUAGAGGGAGAGAUGAUGAUAAGAAGACGAUCAUAGAAUUCUUAUUGGAUUCAAACGUGAAUGAGAAUGUUUCCAUCCUUCCAAUAGUUGGCAUUGGUGGGCUUGGAAAAACGGUUCUUGCGCAAUUUGUAUUUAAUGAUGAGAUGGUCACUAGACAGUUUAACUUGAAAAUAUGGGUUUGUGUCUCUAAUGACUUUGACAUGAAAAAAAUAGUGAAAAAUAUCAUAGCUUGCGCAACGAAGAAAGAACCAAUAGAGGUUUCGCUGGAACAAUUGCAAAGAGAAAUGAGGGCAGCAAUUGAUGGAAAGAGAUAUCUCUUAGUUUUAGAUGAUUUGUGGGAAAAACACCAGUCAACAUGGCUGAGCUUGAAGACUUUAUUACUGGGAGGUGCUAGAGGAAGCAAGAUCCUUAUAACUACACGCCUUUCUUCGGUUGUGGAGAUCACUGGCACUACUCCACCUCAUCUUCUUCGUGGCUUAUCUGAAAGUGCGUCUCUUGAUUUAUUAAUGCAAAUGGCUUGUCGAAAAGAAGAGAUGCAAGAUCCUGACAUGCAAGCUAUCGGCAAAGAGAUAGUUAGAAAGUGCUCUGGGGUUCCAUUAGUUAUUCGAACCGUUGGGAGUUUACUAUUCUUUAAGAAAACUAAACUUGAAUGGAUGCAUUUCAAAGAUAAAGAGCUCCAAGAAGUGUCUCGAAGCGAAGACGACAUAAAAUCGGUUCUUAGGCUAAGUUACAACCAUCUACCUUCACAUUUGAAACAAUGUUUCGCAUUGUGUUCAUUGUUUCCCAAAGACUAUGAGAUAAAGAAGCAAACUCUGGUCAAUCUUUGGAUGGCAGAAGGAUUUAUCCAACCAUCAAAUAGAAGUCAACAUUUAGAAGACAUUGCUCAUGGAUAUUUCAUGGAUCUACUAUGGAGUAACUUCUUUCAAGAUUUUCAAGAAGACAAGGAGACUUGCAAGAUGCAUGAUUUGAUGCAUGAUCUAGCCUGCGUAGUUGCAGGGAAUGAGUGUGGGGUGGCAUUGGAUGACACAAAAUCCAUAAAUGAAAGAGCACGUCAUCUAUGUGUCGGUGACCUUCCAAUCUCACACUUGAAAGCAAGUCCCCUGAGAACAUAUCUCUCUUGUAUGCUACGACGAAUAAGUGAAGUAGAUUUACGCCAACUCAUUCAAAGUUUCAAGAGGUUGCGCGUCUUGGAUCUACAUACCACAUAUGUAGAGAAGGUGCCAAGGUCCAUUUGUAAGUUAAAGCAUCUCACGUAUCUCGACCUCUCUGGCAAUCGUGAACUAAAAAGGCUUCCUAACUCCAUUACGAGACUGCAGAAUUUGCAAACACUUAAUCUCAACAACUGUUGUGCCCUUGAAGAAUUGCCAAGGGGUAUAAGGAAGUUAGUCAGCCUUCGAAAUCUAGACAUAGAUGGUUGUUGGAAGCUUGGUUAUUUGCCACGCGAACUAGGGCAAUUGAGUUCUCUGCAUAGGCUAACACGCUUCAUUUUGCCCAAAGAUAAAGCUCUUGCUAAAGAUUGUUGCGAACUUGGGGAGCUAAAUGGGCUUAAUGACAUCCGGGGAAGCCUUAGAAUUGAGAAUUUGGGAAGUGUGACAGAUGCCGAAGCAGAAUCCAAGGCUGCGAACUUGAUAGGGAAGCAGUCUCUGGAAUCUUUGGCACUUGAAUGGGGUUAUUUCAAUACCGGUGAUGUCGCAAAUAGAGAUGAAGUGCUAUUAGAUGGAUUGAGGCCGCACUCAAGUCUGCAGAAGUUGACGAUCAAUGAAUAUAGCGGUGAGAGCUUUCCAAGGUGGAUGAUGGAUAGUCUCGUGUCUUCCUUGUCCAAUUUAGUUGAGGUAUGCUUUGACAAUUGUGGAAGAUGUAAAAGUCUCCCUCCAUUAGGCCAACUACCUCGCCUCAAGUCUUUAUCUAUUUUGGAGCUGCCUGAAUUGGAAGAUAUCGGGUUAGGCCAUUCAUCCACUUCAAUAGCAUCAUUUCCUAGGCUAUUGGAAUUGGAUAUCCAAAACUGUGAAAAAUUGAAAGCCAUGCCACUGGCUCCGCGUCUUGAGGAGUUAAUGCUGACUAGGGUCCACCCAGCGUUGAUAAAUAUGAUAGUUGGCCUUAAUAAGUUGAAGCGUCUAGAUAUCGAGGAGAUGGAGUUUCUGGAAUGUGUGCCCGAGGAGUGCUGGAAAAGUCUCGCCUCCCUUGAAAAGCUUUACAUAAUGGAUUGUCAUGGGUUAACUUCUCUCUCAAAAGCACCACCACCACCACCACCACCCCUGGGUAGGCGACAUCAAUCCAACCAGGUGGAUCUCGAUUCUUCGGAUUCUGAGGAGCUGGAUUUAUCCAAUCACGGCGAAAGCAGCGGCGGCAACAGCAACAACCUCAUCUUGGAACUUCACAGUCUCCGCUCCGUGAGACUCUGGGGACUUCCAAAACUAGCAUCUCUCCCACGGUGGCUUCUCCAGGCCAGCAAUCUCGAGCAUCUCUCUAUUCGGUAUUGUUCGGAGCUGGAUAAAUGGGAUUUCGAUGGAGUACUCCAUCACAGUCUUCGGUCCCUGUGGAUCGAAUCUCUUCCAAAACUAGAAUCUCUCCCACAGUGGCUUCUACAGGCCGGCAAUCUCGAGCGUCUAGAUAUUUGGGAUUGUGAUGAGCUGGAUAUAUGCAAAGACGAGAGCGGCAACCUCAUCUUGGAUUUCGAUGGACGACUCCAUCAGAGUCUUCGGUCCCUGUGGAUUCGCGGCCUUCCCAAACUAGCAUCCCUUCCACAGUGGCUUCUCCAGCUCAGCAAUCUCGAGCAUCUCCAAAUUUCCCGUUGCUCCAAUUUGAAGGCAUUACCAGAGCAGAUCGAGGCCCUUCAAUCACUUCAGCUGCUUGAAAUCAUAAAUUGCCCCUCGUUGACGUCAUUACCAGAAGGAAUGCGAAGGCUUGCGUCCCUUACUCACCUGAUAAUCUACGAAUGCCCAGAAUUGGAGAGGAGGUGCAAGAGAGAUGGAGGCGAGGACUGGGACAAGAUCGCUCAUAUCCCCGACAUACAACCUCUUUACUGAAGAUAUGGUGUGCAAUCUGCUCAUUUGAUUUCCACGAGGAGCGAAGUUGCCUGCACGGUCCGAUGAUUCUGGGAGGACUCUCGUACAUGAAGCGAUGUUAUUGUUAGCAUUUGAAAGCAAUGUUGUGUAAACUAAAAGCUGCAAAUUGUUUUGCAUUAUAGUAGAGUUUCUGAGGUCUCUCUGUGAAGAGUUUGAAGAGAAACGCGAUGGUGGGGAGAGAGAGAUAGAGAGAGAGAGAAGGGAAAUGCGCAUUCUUGUCUUGCCGUUCAGCCAUUCUAUAGAGAUUCUCAGACUAGGCAGAAAUGGCGCAGAUUUUGGCACCAAUGACACAAUGCCAGUUGAGGAUCACAAAGGAAUCACAGAGCGACAGUCCCAUGACAGCAAACACAUGGAUUUUUCUCUUGCUAAAACAGAAGAAGAGUGGAAGCACCAAGAGCUUUUCUAAGUUUAGGGUGUAUGCUUUGAAGUUUGAGAACACUACUAUUACAGGCUUGAGAGUCUUCUCGACUUGAAUGUCACGCCCUGCACCGAUCCAAUAGUUGCAAAUCACAUUUGAAUCGGAGGUUCUGGCAUUGAUAUGGGCAGCAAAUCGAGGUACUAAUGGCGACAAUAAGAUAUAUCGCCAUCUCGCCUGUUUUUACGGGAAAAAAAAAAAGCACAGAAUUGUUGCCAUCAACUCUGGCUUCUAUCGUGCAGUGGGAGUACCAAGAGGGACCAAGCAUGGGAAUUGAAGCGGGAGAUUAUAUAUGGUGUUCGAGAUACCUUCUCGAGGGUGAAUGGAAUGGUGCAGGAUGCCACACUAACUACAGUACCAAAAGCAUGAGUGAGAGGGAGGCUUUGAAAUGAUAAAGAAGGCAAUUCUGAAUCUCUCACUUCGCCAUGAGGAGCACAUUAGCGUCUACGGAGAAGGAAAUGAGAGAAGGUUGACAGGAAAGCAUGAAACAGCCAACAUCGACAUAUUUUCUAGGGGACUUGCCAACCGUGCUUGCUCAAUCUUUGUGGGUGGUGACCUUGAGAAGCAAGGAAAAGGUGUUGUACAUCAGCUUCAGCCUCAGUAGUCUAAGCUACAUAUCAAUGGCAGUCUUGAGCUACUUAUCUGCCCACAAGCAAGUUCAACUCUAAGCUAGCUAUAUACGCCACUUGGUCCCUCGGCCAUAUAUUCUCUCAUAGUUUCUCCUACUGAGAGUAGCCAAAUUUGCUAUAACAAGAAGAAGCUCAUUGUUGCUGCCAUAAGGACAAGUGUAUCUGCCAGCACAAUAGUGAUUGCCCUAGUUUUCUCAUAUAUUGAAGUGCUCAUGGACAGAUAUCCAUUAAAGAGCUCCUCGUGCAUCUUAAAGAACAAAUUAUGCUGCUUCGUGAGCCAGUAUCACAUAUACAAUUGAGAGUUUCUGAUGUGUUUCUGCGAGAUAUUUCAUUUUGCAUUGUCUUCAUCAGUAUUGCUCUUCGUAACUAAAUUUGUAGUAGGAGAGUUAUUCAGCACACUCCAAUAUAGUGGAACAUUUCAACAUCGUUGAAUAACGGAAGUUUGUCGGCUA